AUGGGCUCACCGGUCUCCGGUUUGGUGGCAGAACUGGUCCUACAGGAGUUAGAAACGAUUGCCUUCCUCCAACAUGAACAGGUGUUUUGGCGCCGUUACGUUGACGACACGUUCGUCAUCGUAAAGAAGGAUAUGCUGCAACAUUUCCACAGCCUGCUCAACGCAGUCUUCCCGGAUAUAAAAUUCACGAGGGAAGAAGAACGGGAACAGCAGUUGCCCUUCCUGGAUGUGCUCGCCAGACGAAACCUUAACGGUAAACUUGAAACGACGGUUUAUAGGAAGGCAACGAACACCACGCAGCUUCUCAGUUUCUACAGCAACCAUCCGGUGGCUCACAAACGAAGCUGUGUGAACACGCUCUUCAAACGGACCCAAACCCAUUGCAGCAAACCGGAGGACAAAGCACGUGAGGCCCGUUAUCUCCGCGACCAGUUUGUGCAAAAUGGCUAUCCGAGGGCAUUCAUAAGUCGCUGCCUACGCGGUCGCUACCAGAGAACUCGAACAUCAACGCCACCGACGAUAUGGCAUUCUCUGCCAUACAUCAAGGGUGUUUCAGAGGCGACCGAGCGCAUUGCUGCGGAGCUAGGUGUUGGAGUUGCACACCGCCCCAAAGCCACCAUGCGCAGCAGAGUCAUGAAAAUAAAGACCGGUUAA